AGAGAGAGAGAGAGAGAGAGAGAGCAUCAUCAAAACACUGGCAUACACCGCUUUCUCUGCCCGGAUAUCGAAAGAGGACAACAGGGAAUUUAGAGGUUAAAUUAUAAACAACAGCAAGAGAGAACAGGGAGGCUGUGCGCCGAGGAGCCAAGGAGAAACCAGAAUCCAUCACUGCAGAAGCAGCAGUGGUAGUAGAAGCAGGAGCAGAUUCGAGAAGAUUUUCCGUGUCGGUUGCCCGGUGCUCCACACACCCCUGUGCCUUUGAACCAGCAGCGGGAGGAGGGGAGGACCAGAGAGGAGGCUGUGCCGAAAGGAGGAGGACCAUGGAGGGGAUGCAGGCAUACGGAGCCGGGAAAGCCGGAGGAGCCUUCGACCCCGUCACCUUCUUCCAGCAGCCUCAGACCAUUCUCCGCAUAGUGUCUUGGCUCUUCUCCAUCGUGAUCUUCGGCUGCAUCGCCAACGAGGGCUACAUCAACCGCCCCAACGAAGUGGAGGAGUACUGCAUCUUCAACCGCAACCAGAACGCCUGUAAUUAUGGCGUCUUUAUGGGCUCCAUGGCCUUCCUCUGCUGCAUGGCCUUCCUAGCUCUGGACGUCUACUUCCCCCAGAUCAGCAGCGUCAAGGAUCGUAAGAAGGCAGUGCUGGCUGAUGUCGGAUUGUCAGCAUUCUGGUCCUUCAUGUGGUUUGUGGGAUUCUGUUUCCUGGCAAACCAGUGGCAGGUGACCAAACUUGAGGACAACCCACUGAAGGAGGGAGGGGACGCUGCCCGGGCAGCCAUUACGUUCUCCUUCUUCUCCAUAUUCACCUGGGGUGCUCAGACUCUCUUCUCUAUGGAGAAGUUAAAGAAUGUGUCGUUUGAAGAGGAAUACACCAAGCUGUUCCCUCCUCAGCCCAGCCAACCUCUUGUCUGACUCUGUUAUGUCUUCUCCCCAUGCUGCCUUAACCCUCCACAGCUGGUCCUACAUACUCCUGUUACUCAACUGUGGCUGCACUUGUUUAAAGGUUCCAUGACAUGGUGCUCUUUUGAUGCUUUUAUGUAGACCUUAGCGGCCCCCUAAUACCAUAGCUGAAGUCUCUUUCCCAAAAUUCAGCCUUGAUGCGGAAUUACAGCCACUAGAGCCAGUCCCACAAUGAGUUUUCCUUAGCAUGUGCCAUCACAUGCGUGCCUAGUAACAUCAAGUGCUGCAUCAAAUGAGAGUAUUUGUAAUCCAGCAGUAAGAGCAACAGUUGUACCAUUAAUACGUGUUACUCAACAAUUUUAUCUGGAACCCUUAAACAAGUGCAGGCCACCACUUCUUCUCCUCAUUAACACAAAGGUUUACAGAGGGAUUUAUAUGAUGCUUUGUAAUCUUGCUGUAGGGGUCAGAAUGAUUAAGGUCACUGUUUUUAUACGUGAUAAUUCUGUUUGAAACAGAAUUACACCCUUUUUAGUACAUUUCUCAGAGUGCAUUGCUUGAAACUUUAAAGGAUUUGUAUUUAUUUUGGUUUUUGAUGAAGCUACAUUCAAAGCCAUCUCUUCAGUCCUUAAAGGAACAGUUUGGGAAAUGCACUUAAUUGCUGGUCUCCCGGUCUUUAUGCUCAGCUUAGCUAACCUUACCAGCUGCUGGCUUCAGACCGACAUUAAAGAGGUAUCAGUCUUCAUAUCGAAACAAAACUACAGCUUUGUUUGCUCCAGUUUUGCAGAUCAAAGUUUUUCCCUGUAAAUUUCUAGGCAUGUCUAUGCUUUCAACUCUUCCACUAUUUUAUUAAGUUUAGCAGGUAGAUUUGUUUUUGUUUUUAUAGCUUUUUUGAGAUUGAUUUCACAGUUUAAGCUGUUGACAGUUUAACACAAUUUAAUUGAAGUAUCAAACUGCUUUUAUUGCCUAUGCAUACGGUUUUUAUCGCUUGAUGCAUGUUAUUGGGUCAUAAAUACUAUACUUAAAUGUGCCAUAUUGACAAAAUAUCUGACAUUCUCAGGGUUCUGUCUCUACAUUGUUUUUUAUCUGACAGUUUUUCUAAAGGUUAAUUGACUUGUUUUUCAUAUUACACAGUCAAUCAACUCAACAACAUAAUUGAUGGACCCAAGACAGAGUGGUGUAUCAGACUGAAAGAGUCAAAACUCUUCAACCAGAUUCAAUCUGUCUGCAGCAUCUGAUUGAGCCGAGACAUACCAGUAAAUAAAACCCUCAUGAAACUUCCCAGCACUGAGAGCUUAAAUCAACUCAACUCUUUGUAGUUUUCUCUUUCUCUUUGUGAGUGUCUGUGUUUGCUCUGUGUACUCAUGGUAUCUUUGGCUCCCAUCCAGUUUUCUUGAAACAUCUGUAAUUAUCGCAAAAAUAUAUAUUUGUGGUGUUUUACAGUGCGGUGGCUCAGCUGUGUAAUCAUGCACACAGACAGUUCAAUUGCUUGGUCCCUAUCCCACUGUGGACUACGGUGAUGCUGAGUUGGUGUUUCUCAUUGUGGAGCCUUUUUGCACAGCUGCCUAUAGAACUAACCUGCUCUGACUGACUAAAUGGCUCGCUCACACCAAUCUAAUUAGCUUCACAGCUUUCCGAGCCAACUAAUCAAUGUUUCCUUCUCUCUCUUUGUUCUCUCCCUUCUCCCAAAACCUCUGCUCUAACACUUAUACCUCUCUGCUGCCACAUCUAUCCAUUUCGCCACACCUUUCAUCAAUCUAUUUGUCCUCUUUGCCUUCUUGUCGUCUUCGUCUUCUGUCCAUCACCAAUCGCUCCAUCCCCAAGGCGGGCCAGUCCUUCCUGGGCUUCCAGAGGUACAAGUUGGGGGCCGACUCAGCCCUCUUCUCCCAGGAAUACACAGACCCGAGCCAAGACGCAGCCGGAGCCCCUUACACCUCCUUCAGUGGGGAUGACCUGGAGAGCCCAGGAGGAGAUGGAGCCGUGGGCCAGGCUAAGAGCGAUGGGGUCUUCGAUGGCACUGGAGGCUACCAGCGUCAGGACUACUGAGAUAUUGGGGCGAUAUAUAUUAAGGUGGAAGGAUCUGGUUGGAGUUACCCAUAGUUCCUAAUUUAAAGCAGGGUUUGUAUAGUUUAUAUCACACUAAAAAAACAGUUUGGGUCAAUAUGGCAUCAAUGCAAUACCAGUACCAAUAGGGUUGUUUGGGCCCAGUGUUGUACAAAACAAGCUUGAGUUUUACCUUAAAACUGUCACAAAUCAUAUGACAUUCAAAACUGUAAAGGAUUCAUAUAUUAUUAACAUUCAGUAGCAAACAGUGAGAUGUCAGUAGGUUUAAAAGGAGUUAGAGUAGAUUAUAACAAUUUGCAACCAUACCAAAUUGUAGUUUGGGUAAAUAACCCAACAGUAAAGUAAUAUGAACAAAAUAACAAUCAAGCUGUGUUGCCCUGGUGGUUUUCUAUCCGGGUACUGGGUAAAGUUAAGACAAUAUUGCUUUGGUGCUAUAAUGAACCACAUUGGGGCAGUUUUGACAUAGUGAUUUUUUGAGUAUACAUGCAACAAUUAAUGCAUUUAGCUGGCAGAAGACGUUGUUGGAUUUAAUACUUGUAACAUUUCAGUUAUCAGACUCAAAUUUUCAUUAAAAGCAGAGUUUAUCUCUAGGUCAGAAAUUGUAAUGCACUUUCCAGAUUUUGAGACAACAUGUCAAUUAGGUGUUGAGUCCACAGUAGAUCGGGUUCAGGACAUACAUGGGAAGGGGUUAUGGGAUGCAGAGAGACACUGGGUGGGGUUAAACAUUUCAGAAACAACAUAGUGGGAAGACAACAGGAGUUUGGGAAGAAUUGGGAGGUCAAGGGUUUGCAGAAACGGUCACUCUGUAGCAGAUCAAUGCUUGUGACCAUAUAGCCUUCAUUCUCUGAGGUCUGCUGUCAGUCAGCCACAUAACUGCGAUCAGUGUUAGUUGAAAUGCACACAUACACACAAGACAAAGACACAUGCAAGCACACAGCAUAUAGAUUUCUUACAGACAACACAUGAUUCUGCUGAUGAAACUCCUAGAGGUGCAUAAUAGGAUCUCAGCAUAGACAAACAAGCAACAGUGGCAUAUCUGGCAACUAAUCCCCUCAACUGUAACUGGAGUGUGUUUGUGCAUGGGUUGAAAGGUCUCCUUUGUUUUUUAUUUUUUUAUAUGUGGAUGAGAGAUGUGUGUUUUCUUUUUUCCCUGAAAAACCCAAUUUUUCUUUCCUCGAUUGCUGCCUUAGUGCUGACUGCCAAGCAAAAUCCAACGAACACAGGGCAACAUACACCCAACAUGCACAGUAUCACAGUUCUCCUUCACCAUCUUUAGAGCAAAAGUACAGCUAAUUCAAUUGUGUCUUGCUUUUUACCUUAAGCACAUAAAAACCCUGAACAAAACAAGCAUUUGUCAUCGUUACAUCAUCCCAAAUGAUACAAAAAA